CCUGCAACAAGGUAUGCUCCUGAUAGUCCUAUAGAAAUACAAUUGGCUAAAAAUUAAUAGUGAAAUUGUUACUUUUAGUAUACUGAGUAGCCAAUUGAACCUUGAAUUCAUCCCUAGAUUGCAAGAUGUCGAAAAGAACAUUGUUCAACUAUUAUUCAAGCAGUAGCAGUACUCCUAGCCUAGAGAAUAAUGAGAACACAAGGCCACCAAAAUUAUCACGGAUGGAAUUUCGUUCUUCGGAUAUUGUUAGUGACCCAGGAAUGUGCAUACCAAUUGAUGAGCAUCCAUUUAAAAUUAGAGAUCAAGUGAAAAGAGCAUAUGCUUUGAGAGGACCAACUCAACCGGUUGGUAUUUCAUUUCCUCGCAAAUGGCAAAGUGGUGAAUGGAGAUCCUUCCAACAAAGUUGGUUUGCAAAAUAUGAUUGGUUGGAGUAUAGUGAAUCAAAGGAUGCUGCAUUUUGCUUGUACUGUUAUCUUUUCUUUCAGCCCGGCAAGCUUGAAAAUUUUGUGAGUGAUGUCUUUGCAAAAAAAGGUUAUGAGAAAUGGAAGAAGGCUUUGGAAAGAUUUGAUAAGCAUGCUGCCUCCCACUUUCACAACAAUGCAAUUAUGAAGUGUGACGACUUCAUGAACCAGAGGACAAGUGUGACUAACAAAGUUGUUAAGUACACUAAAGAGGAAGAAGCUCGAUACAAAAUUCGUUUGACCUCUUCUUUAGAAAUUGUAAGAUUUCUCAUUGAACAAGGAGAAGCUUUUCGUGGACAUGAUGAGUCUUCUACUUCUCUAAACAAAGGUACAUUUAGAGAGAUGGUUGACUGGUACAAGAACAAGAAAAAGAAGGUGAAAGAUGCAUAUGAAAAAGGUUCUAAACAUUGUCAAAUGUUGGCUCCUGAUAUACAAAAGGACCUUACCAAAGCUUGUGCAGAGGAGGUAACUGCAGUGAUUAUGGAUGAGAUUCGGGGUAGGCAUUUCUCAGUGCUAAUUGAUGAGUCUAGAGAUGUAUCAAUAAAGGAGCAAAUGGCUAUGAUUUUGAGGUUUGUGAAUGAUGAAGGAAAGAUCAUGGAGAGGUUUCUUGGACUUAAACAUAUUGAGAAAUGUACAUCAGCUGCAUUGAAAGAAGCUUUGGUCAAUAUGCUUUCCAGCCACAAGUUAUCCAUCUCUAUGCUUCGUGGGCAGGGUUAUGACGGUGCUUCUAAUAUGAGAGGUGAAUUUAAUGGUGUUCAGAGAUUGAUUUGAGAUAUAAAUCCAAAUGCUUUCUAUGUGCAUUGCUUUGCCCACCAGUUGCAGUUAGUGGUUGUUGCUGUUUCAACUUCUACCCCCGCCAUUGCAGAUUUCUUUAAAUAUGUUCCUUUAAUAGUCAACACUGUGGGUGCAUCUUGUAUGAGAAAGGAUGCAUUGCUUGCAAAACAUCAUGAUGUGUUGCUACAAAAGUUGGAGAAUGGUGAGAUUACAACUGGAAGAGGUAUGAACCAAGAAAGUAGUCUAGCUAGACCUGGAGAUACUAGAUGGGGCUCACAUCUUAAAACAUUGCUUCGAAUUUUGGUAAUGUGGGAGGCUAUCUUGGAGGUACUAGAGAUUGUAAAGAAGGAUUCUAUUAAACCAACAUGUAAUGGUGGGGCUUUUGGUUUAAUUGGUAAAAUGGAAAUCUUUGAUUUUGUGUUCAUCAUGCACUUGAUGAUAGAAUUAUUGAGCACUACAGACAGUUUGUCAAAGGCUUUGUAAAGGAAGGAUCAAGAUAUUGUUGAAGCAAUGAAUUUGAUAAUGGAUGUCAGAGAUCGCUUGCAGGAUAUGAGGGAUAAUGGAUGGGAGCCAUUAUUCAAAAAGGUGAAGUUAUUCUGUGAUAAAAAUGAGAUUAAAGUGCCCAAUAUGGACAAGGAAGUAAAUGCUAGAGGGACAUCUGCACGUAGAAGGCAAAAGGUAACAAAUAUGCAUUAUUACAAUGUUGAGAUUUUCCUUGCUGCCAUUGAUGCUAUUAUGUUAGAGAUGAAUCAUCGGUUCAAUGAAGUUAGUUCAGAGCUAUUAGUAUGCAUGGCUUCUCUUAAUCCAAGGAAUAAUUUCUCUAGUUUUGAUGUGGAUAAACUCGUGAGACUUGCUGAAAUUUAUGCUGAAGAUUUCAAUGUUGCGGAUCUUUUAUUGUUACCGGGCCAACUUAAGGACUUUAUCAACCGUGCUAGGAGAACUCAAUAUUUUAGUGGAUGUAAAGAACUUUCAAAAGUUGCUGAAAUUAUGGUUACGAAGACAAUGCACACAUCUUACCCAUUGGUUUAUCGGCUCAUUGAGCUAACUUUGA